GAAGUCUCCACUCCAAAGUCCAAACUUCUUUAAACCCUUCUCCCUCGCUCGUUCCUUCUCCUCCCGCACUCGCAGAGCAAAUUCUCCUCCUCCGCCGAAAUCUUGUCUCUCAGAAAGCUUCAAUUAUGUACGGAGGCGAUGAGGUAUCAGCUGUCGUACUCGACCUUGGCUCCCACACUUGCAAAGCCGGCUAUGCUGGCGAAGAUGCGCCCAAGGCCGUCUUCCCUUCCGUUGUCGGGUCAAUUGAUCAAAUGGAAGUUGAUGCAACAGAAAUGGAAAACAACUCUGGACCUGCUGUAGAUCCAAAGAAUAAUUCAAAAUCUCUUGAUUCUGACAAAGCCAAGGGAAAGCGCAAAUUAUUUGUAGGAUCUCAAGCCUUAGGGUACCGUCGGGAUCAUAUGGAGGUGCUGUCAUCCAUAAAGGAUGGAGUAGUUGUUGACUGGGAUGCUGUGGAGGGUAUAUGGGACCAUGCUUUUAGGGAAUGUCUAUUGGUUGAUCCCAAAGAGCAUCCAAUGCUACUUGCAGAGCCAUCUUCGAACACUCAACAACAAAGAGAAAGGACGGCAGAGCUUAUGUUUGAAAAGUACAAAGUUCCUGCCUUUUUUUUGGCCAAGAAUGCUGUUCUCACAUCAUUUGCAUCAGGUCGAGCUACCUCGUUAGUAGUAGAUAGUGGUGGAGGAUCAACUACAGUUGCUCCAGUUCAUGAUGGCUAUGUUCUUCAAAAGGCUGUGUCAUCUUCUCCUAUUGGGGGAGAGUUUCUUACUGAUUGUUUGACAAAAAGUUUGGAAAGUAAAGGCAUGAUGAUUAAACCCAGAUAUUCUUUUAAGAGAAGGGAAACACGACCUGGAGAGUUUCAGGUAGUAGAUGUUGAUUUUCCAAAUACCACAGAAAGCUACAGACUCUAUGCCCAGAGGAUAAUUGCUAGUGACAUCAAAGAAUGCGUGUGUAGAGCCCCGGACACUCCAUAUGAUGAAAUCGCAUAUUCAAACAUUCCAAUGACCUCAUAUGAGCUUCCUGAUGGCCAGACAAUUGAAAUCGGAGCUGAUAGAUUCAAGAUUCCUGAUAUUCUCUUUAACCCAUCCUUGGCUCAGACAAUUCCUGGUAUGGAGCAUUUUGCAGAAAUUGCUCCCACUGUUCGUGGUCUGCCACAAAUGGUUAUCGAGAGCAUUAACAAGUGUGAUGUGGACAUCCGCCGUGAAUUGUUUAGUAGUAUACUGCUUGCCGGUGGCACAGCAUCAAUGCAACAGUUGAAGGAACGCCUUGAGAAAGACAUGCUGGAGGAGUCCCCUCAAGCUGCUAGAGUUAAAGUAUUGGUGGCCGGGAAUUCAACCGAAAGGCGAUUCAGUGUUUGGAUAGGCGGAAGUAUAUUGGCGUCUCUCGGUUCAUUCCAGCAAAUGUGGUUCUCCAAGGCUGAGUACGAGGAGCAUGGGGCUUCCUACAUACAACGAAAGUGCCCCUAAAAUUCCUGUCUUCUGAUCGAGUGCAAGUAGGAAAGGCGUCACGUGCUCCAUCACGCUGACCUUUUCCAGAAUGAUCAAAGCCUCAAAGCCUGUGUUGCCGAAACAGGACAGAGCGAUGCUCUGUUUUGUAUGAAUCGUCACUUAUCCUACGUACCGGAAGACAUUUCACUGCUGUAGUUUAUGUUAAUGUCCAUUGAUUAGGGUUUUUAUUGUGGUGCUCACUGUUCGGAGUGUUCAUCCAGUUUUAAACCAACUUUGCUACCUCUACUGGUUAUAAAUGACAAAGCCAUUUAACAUUUCUAACACCA